AGUUGUAAAUACCAAAAGACAGGAUACGUUGUAUAUUAUCCUGAAUCUUUAUGUUUAUUUAUAUGAUAGGAUAAAUGAUAACAAUUACAAAUAUUUUAUUUCUAUAACUUAUUGAUCCAACUAAAUUCUCAACAAAAUGAAUAAAAUAAUCAAAUCACUGUCGAGUAAAGAAACUCGAGAGUACUUUAUGAGUACUCAUUUUUGGGGACCUAUUGCAAAUUGGGGAAUUCCAAUUGCUGCUAUCGCUGAUAUUCAACGAGACCCUAAAUUUAUUAGUGGGAAAAUGACUUUUGCUCUCUGUCUCUACUCAGCAAUGUUUAUGCGAUUUGCUCUAAAAGUACAGCCAAGAAAUCUACUUCUAUUUUCUUGCCAUUUCACUAAUGAAGGUGCUCAACUUGUUCAAGGUUUUAGAUUUAUCAACUAUCAUUAUUUAAAUGAUAACAAGACAAAAACGGAGUAAAAAAAUUAGCUAUUACGAUGCUCAAAUUGUUACCAAUCGACCAAAUCACCAUUCAGAUACAUAUUUUUUGUAUCUACUGUUCUAAAAUUGUUAGAAUUAUGUGAUAUAACUCAAUUGUGUUUUAUUUAAUCUCACUGUAAAUAUUGGAAACUGUUAGUGUUUUGAAUAAUAGUACAUUAUCAUAUCUA